AUGACGCUCCAAGCUCUUUCACAACCAUCAACAAGACCAUCCUUGUUACAGGUUGUUGGUAUUGUGGUUGCCUUUCUUUGCAUGUUUUCAUGGAUGCAUGCUGCUUCCGCAUGUCCAUGGGAUCAAGUUGGGUUGACACCUUUCACUUCACUCGAAGGAAGCACUCAAGCCAAUGGUACUGUGUAUGUUAACACUCCAACACUCAUUUCUUCUUCAACUCCCAUAUUGAGAGCCAUCAUUGUAAGAACAGGAGGUUCCUUGAUUUUCGACACAAAAGCCAUGAAUGUAAGUGUGAAUUACAUUCGGGUAGAAUCAGGAGGUUCCUUUAUCCUUGGGUCGAAUAGUUGUCCCAUGUUCAAGAAGAUUAUUUUCACAUUCUACGGCUCUGAAACCAAUGCCAAUGAAAUUGGAGUCGACCCAUAUGACAACUCUCCUCUUGGUAGCAAAGGAAUUGCGUUCUUAACAGGUUCGGUGGUACAAAUUGUCAGCAAUGUUCCUGGAAAGAGUUCAACUUGGACUCAACUCGGCCAAACGGCUUUCAAAGGUUCCAGAAACAUUAUUUUGAAUUAUGGAGUGAAAUGGCAAGUUGGAAAUUCCAUUGUCAUUGCCUCCACAGAUUACGGAGAAGUCUUGGACAUGCGUACUGAUCCACCUCCUUCACCAGACUUGGAUUGGCAAACAGGUGUUCCCUUUCCAGACCAAUCUGAAAAAUUCACAAUUAGUGCCAUCUCAGCAGAUGGAAAGAAUAUUACAUUGGACAAACCUCUCGCUUUCAUUCAUUGGGGAGAAGGAAGAGCUCGUGCUGAAGUUGGUCUCUUGACUAGAAACGUUGUCUUUCAAGGAGAUGCCACCAGUGAGCAAUCUGAGUUUGGUGGACAUUUUAUUGUUCGUCUUGUAAACAAGAUGCAAAUCAUCGGUGCUGAGUUUGUGAAUAUGGGACAAAAAGGUCAUAUGGGCCGUUAUCCUAUUCAUACACAUUUGUUGAGAAGUUCUUCUUCUGCCAUUUCGGACAAUUUUGUCAUUGCCAAUAAUUCCAUUCACAACAGUUUCCAACGAUGCCUAUCUAUUCACAACUCGUAUAACAUUGCAGUGACAAGCAAUGUGUGUUUCAAUUUUUGGGGACAUGGAUACUUUUUGGAAGAUGGAUCUGAAAUUGGGAACGAAUUCAAGUACAACUUGGGAAUUAGAUCAAAAGCAAUUAUUGAGAAACAAAUUAUUCCGUCAGAUAAGGAUCCAAGUGUAUUUUGGAUUACUAAUCCAAACAAUACCUUUAUUGGAAAUGCUGCCGUUGGUGGUAAAUGGGGAUACGUCUAUUUCAUGCCUACUAAUCCAACUGGAUUAAGUUCUCGAAUGGCGCCAGAAAACACAACCUUGCCGCGUAUUGCACCAAUGGGAGCCUUUGAUGACAAUAUUGCUCACAGUGCAGAUAGUGGCUUAUGGGUUGAAGAACAAAUGUUACCAGAUGGUACUUCAGAAAUUGAAGGUUAUUAUCCUGCCACAUGGAAUGGUUCAGUGUUGAUCAGUAAUAGAGGUAUUGCCACUUUUAGAAAUUUCACAGGUUACAAGAAUAGAAACUAUGGAGCAUGGGUAAAGGGUGCCAUUAUACAAUUACUCGAUUUUUAUGUCUUUGACAACAGAGUUCAGUUAACUGCUCCGACAGGACCUACUGUCACAGUGAAUGCUGUCAUGAUUGGAGAGACCUCAAACACUGGAGAUUCCUCAUUUAGACCCAAUGUCGACUUGGGUGGAAGAUCUCGACCUGAUUUGUAUCGUAAAGGAGGAGUCUCUGUUCAAAUUAUUGGUUAUGAACAAUACGAAGACGCUGGUCCUCAAUAUGUCAUGAAUUCUACAUUCAUUAAUCUCGUCUCAGACCAAGUUCGAAUGGCAGGUGCUUUCUCAUCGAGAAAAACACGCCAAGUUCAAUCCACUCAAAGCAAGAACAUUAACCUUACCUUCAUUAACGCUAACAAGCAUUAUAUUAAUCCAAAUUCUAUUUAUGACGAUCAUAGAUUUUUAGUUUACGCUGAUUUAGACGGCUCUUCAACUGGAUUUCCACAUGGAGGAUGGGUUGUUGGAUCUGACACCAUCAUUCCAUUCAAUGGCUGUAUUUUCAAUUCAUCAUGGAAUUCCUAUUCUUGCCCUGCUUUUGGUGAAUCGUAUGGCCAACUUCGAUUUACCAAUGCAGAAUAUGACACUUUUGAUGUGACUGAUAGAAACAGAGUUCAACAUCCCGAGUUGAGAGAUCCUAAUAUUCGACAAACUCAACAGUACACUUGGGAUUUACUAAGAAAUAUUGCAAGUCCAGUGACUGGAAGCAUUGCAAAGACCGCAAACACUUACUUGAAUCAAGCCAAUGUCAUCUUACGUGGUUUUUAUACCAUUCGAAUGCCUUAUGAUAUUCCUACUCCAAAAUCUGUCAGGUUGUCACUCAAUAAGGUGGUUAAUGGCGACUGGGUGGUUGUGACACUUCCUUACCGUAAGGAUGCUUCAUUCAAUGUACAAUAUGCUGAAUCACAAUCUUCUCCUUCCUCACAAAUGAAUCCUGGCACACUCUCUCAAAUGAUGCAAUACCCACGUCAAUAUUAUUACUGGGACGUGAAUGGUGAAAUGUUGUACAUCAAGUUGCAACAAUUGGACGGAAGAGAUUCCUUUGAAACCAUCUACAACACAUUCACAUCGUACUCAUCGGGUGGUAUCGUAUCCAUCACUGCCACUUGUCCAAGUGGAACAUGUGCUCCCAUUACUCUACAAAAUCCCGUAAAUGCCAAAUCCAUUUACAAGACCUAUAUGAGGGAGGAUCGUUAUGUAGGUCUUUUGGAAACCUGUCAACAAAAUGUUGUUGUCCCAGGUUCCUACACUCCAGGUUAUGGCAAAGUCUAUGCAUUCCUUGAUCCAAACUCAAAGGUGUUAGAUGUCACAGUGUAUCACAAUUUGAACUUUAUUGUUACUGGCAUUACUGUUGGUAUUGGGGCACCAGGAGUUGAAACAAGGCAAAUCUAUUCUUCCUACUCUGCUCCUCACCAUUCCAUUAGUCGAUUUUUAGUUGAUUUUUCAUAUAGUGAAUGGAUAGCAUUGAUUAAGGGCCAAGUUUUUGUAAAAGUCUCUACCACAGCUCACCCACAAGGUCAUUUAAGAGCUCAACUUUAUUGCUCGACUGGAUCCACAUGCACUAUUCCACCUCCCAUUUCAAGCGCUACACCAUCCAAUACUGGAGUGGGACAAGUAUUGUUGAAUUUAUAUUCAGGAAGUUUUGCAGGUUAUUCCAUUAAGACUGCACUUGACACCACCUACGAUGACAAAUUUGUCGACAGCUCCAUGGAUGGAAAUGCAUUGAAAGUGACCAUGCAAACAGGUAACAUAACAGUUGCGGUCAGCAAUGAUGUCGUGGUGAGUCAAACCAAUUCUACCGGUGCUGUAAAUUAUUUGGAGUUUUAUGUGAGAUCAUUGGAUUCAAAUAUUCCAUUAUUAUUGACAGUGACAGCUGGGUAUUCAAAGAAAAAUUACAAUCCUGAAGUUGUGGGUCGUCUGGAUGUGUUGCACUACAAGAUUGACACCACCAUUGCAACAAGAGUGAGACUUGCAGUUUCAGAUCUUGCUCUCGUUGCAGGAGCCAAAUUCAACAGUGUCACCUUUGAAUUGACUGACAAAUCAUUGAGAAGAACAUUUGUAUUGGAUCAAAUUCGAUUUGUAAACGGAGAUAAGGCUCCUGUUUCGAGUGGUGUGACACCUUCACAAAUUGUCUAUUUCAAUACUGCACCAAAGUGUGGAAGCACAGUCGAUCCUGAUCCAGAUCCAUUCUCUAUUCGAAAUUUGUAG